ACUCAUCAUCCUUCUCCGCUCUCCUUCCAUCACCCCACACCGCUCCGCCGGCGAGCCCGCACCACUGCACACUCGCACUCCACACACAGCACCGCAGAAGCUCCUCGCCGCAGAGCCGCUCGUCGCUUCCGCACCCCCCCUGCGCCCGCCGCUGCGCCACCUCUCUCUUCGGCAACCAUGAGCUCGGGCAAUGCGCUGCUGCUCAAGCGUCAGCUCACUGAGCUGCGGAAACGCCCAGUCGACGGCUUCAGUGCGGGCCUCAAGGAUGACGACAACCUGUACGAGUGGGAGAUCAUGAUCAUCGGCCCGAACGACACGCUCUACGAGGGUGGCUUCCUGCGUGCCGAGCUCGUCUUUCCGCCCGAGUACCCGCUGCUGCCGCCGAAGAUGAAGUUCAUCACGCCCAUGUGGCACCCCAACGUCUACGCCGACGGCAACGUGUGCAUCUCCAUUCUGCAUGCUCCGGGAACGGACGAGUACGGCUACGAAGAUGCGGGAGAGCGCUGGAUGCCUGUGCACACGGUCGAGAGCAUCCUCAUCUCUGUCAUCAGUCUUCUGUCAAUGGACACGCCCAGCACCGACUCGCCUGCGAACAUCGACGCGGCGAAGCAGGUCCGCGACGACAUCAAGGGCUACCGCAAGAAGGUGCGCCAGCUCGUGCGGCAAUCUGCAGAAGAGGCAUACGACUAGUUGUGCACCUUGCUCGCACACCCACCUGUCUCUCUCUCUCUCUCUCUCGCGACUUUCAGCCAUCUCGCUUUACGCGCGCGCGCAACACUCUGCCAGGCCUUGCAGCAGAUGCGCUCUCCCCACUGUCACAGCACGUUCCCGCUGCG